UGUUUCCAUUUUCUUGAUUAAUUUGUCAUUUCCUGAUGAAUUUAGUGUCAAUAGCCAAAAGUCGAAUUUUUUCUUUCUUUCUCACGAAUCGUAAUUGUGAUAAUAAACAAAGAAAACUUAAGAGAAACACGGUUAUGAACAAGUAAUAGAGCAAAGUUUCUCUCCUGAUGUUCACAUUUUCAUCUUAGCUUUCACAAAUCAAUCAUUAGACUGAACUAGAACAUUCUAGCAUGUUGUUUUGUCAAGCAUCUUUUUAGUGAGGAUUUGAGCAUAUUUGGCCACACAACCAUAACUAGUAAUCUCCCCCUUUCCUUUAUAUAUAGAGUAUUUGACUGGACUUGAAAUCUAAGAAGAAAUGAUGAUUUUUGGCUCGUACUUGUGGUCCUGAAUAUGUUACGUUUGAUAUUUGUUACUAUAAAAGUAUUUUACUAAGGAUAAAAACUUUAAAGUUAAAGAGUUUGCCAAUGUAGAAAAGUGUUACUCUUUUUGAAAUAAACUAAAAAGAAAACUGGGUUACAUAAAAUAGAAUAUAGGAAGUAAUAAUUGCAGGAAAAUGUUACAACCUACUUAUAUUGUCUUCAUAAUAUUGAAAGAUAGUGAAAAUAUGCACAUCUUUUAAUGAUAUCGACCCAUGCAUUGGGGAAAAACUGGACUGGAAGUUUUGCCUUUGCUCUCUGUUCUAGAAGCAUGCUUCACCAGUAUCUCAAUGGGUGGAAUUAUGUGUGUUGUUAAUUCUUCAUCAUUAAUAAACAGACAACUCCACCUUUUUUAUUUUUUUACAGAGAUCAAGACUAAAGUUGUUGGAAUCUUUGUUCAUAAACUCUUUUAGUAAGAAGCUAAAAUGCCAAGAUCAAGUUUUCUGUUUCAACUUUCAUGUUAAAUAGGGUAUCAGAUAUGGCUCAAAGGCAAUCUCCUAGAGGUCCUUUACAACUCAGAACAUCAAGCUCUGAUUCUGAUCAGAGAACUCCUAAAUUGGGAAAUCAUCGGUCGCCCCGAGGCGCUCAAUCUGAUCCACUAAAUCAAAGGAAACUUGGUACCAGAAUUGCAGAUUUGGAUUCCCAACUUGGGAAAGCACAAGAAGAGCUCAAAAAUCUCAAGCAGCAGUUAACUUCAGUGGAAGCAGCAAAGCAAGCAACUCAAGAACAGCUUGAGAUAAAAACCAAGAAACCUACUGUCCCACAACCUGAGGAAAUCCAAGAACCAAGAGAAACUGAUGUUUUUGAAGUUUCACUUGAGAAUGUGAAAGUGGAACCACAAAAUGUUGAUAUUUGCAAUCCCACUAAUGAAGAUGAGCUAAAGAUCACAGCUUUGUCAUAUGAGGAGCUGGAUUUGAAGAAUGAAGAAAUAAGCUUGUUGAAAGCCAAGUUGGAGGAGAAAGAAAAAGAGCUUCAAGUUUUUUGUCAAGAAAAUGAGAACCUGAAGAAGGAAGUGAAUGAAAAGACACUGGAAAUUUCAUCCAAUAAAGCCAAAGCAGAGGAAAUGAAUCUCAAGUUCAACCAAGUAAUUCAAGAACUUGAAACAAGUAAGAGUAAUGCUUUUGAGAUAAAUGAGAAGCUUGAAGCAAGCGAAAAGGCGAAGGAGGAAUUAGAGAGUGAGAUGAAGAAACUGAGAGUACAAACAGAACAAUGGAGGAAAGCUGCAGAUGCUGCAGCAGCUGUGCUGGCUGGAGAAGUGGAGAUGAAUGGGAGAAGGCUUUCUGAGAGGUGUGGAUCAAUGGAUUAUAAGCGCUAUGGUAAUGUAUUCGAACCAGAAGUUGGAGGAUAUGGUAGUUACAUGGGUUACCCAGAGGUAAAUGAUGACUCUGAUGAUGGUUUUGGACAUGUGAAGAGAAAAGGUUCUGGUAUUAAGAUGUUUGGCGAUUUGUGGAGGAAGAAGAGCCAGAAAUAAGCUAUUUUUAACACUCAGAAAACUUCUUUGUCAAAUGUCUUUGUUAGAAAAAUGGUUGCUUACCAUUUUUGAAUCUUCUUCAUGACAUCCAACCAACACAAAUAUGUUGUAUUUAAAUUUCUAGGAUAGUUUUCUUGUUUCUUUCUAGCCAAGGAGGUUUGAAACCAUAAUAUGAUAUUUCUAUGGCUUGAUAAGAAA